AAUACGACGGUGGUUUAAAUAUGUAUGUAAAUCGUCAAUAUGACUGGAUCUAGUCAGUUAUAAAUCUAUUUUACAAACAAAAUAGCUCAGUCAAAACCUUCAAAACUUCCGCGUUAGACAGGUCUGUGCUAUUUUAUCACCGAAAGGAGUACGCUGAAGUUGGAAAGGAAUCUGUUGAGGUUAAACAGGUGAUAACAUCUGACAUAGCAAGAGACUCUUCGGAUUUUUGAUAAAUAAAGGGUAUUGGAAAAUUGUUAAAUCUGGCAUGGAAUGAGGAAGCACCGUGAUUGGAUUAACUGUAUCAUGUACAAACAAUAAAACGAGUGCUAUCUUACCGUAUACACAUAAUAUUGGUCGUGAAUUAAAUCAGCAAAGCAAAGGAAAGUGACGGUUUUUAACAUCUAUUACACUUGCACGGUUACGUAGAUUAUCGUAGGUUUCCACGUCUCAAGUGAUAUAGCCGACGCCGACAUGUCGGGCGACAGUCUCUCACUAAUGUCCGGCACGUCGGGACUCACCAUCCGAGGACGAAACAAUUUCUGCGAGGGCUGGGUGGAGCACAAGGAACACACGCAUAGCGGAGUCCGUUACAAGAAGCUGUGGAUGCUUCUGGAAGACAACAUCAUAUACAUCUUCUCCGACAACAAACCGUGCAGCACCAAUCAAAUAGGCAACCUCACGAUUGACAGUAGGUCGACUUUCAAGUACCUCGGACCCGCCAACGACAAGAGUGGCUACAAAUUUGACCUCUUUGCUGGAAAACGUCUCAAUAGAUUUAAGACUCGUCUUAGAUCGGAGCUCGAGCUAUGGCGAGGCUACAUCGUCGGCCUGAGUAGGGGUGCUGUCCCAAAGGACUUGGACCUAUUACCAGACCAGGUCAGCAGAAUCGAGGAGGACGUGACCCUAUUCCACGUCGGGGCCACCAGGGGAGGGAAAUACUCGCCUCCUUCAUUAGGGGGAGACAGCGGUGUUAUCCCGGAUGUGUCGUCUCUGGCUGGCAAACACUCCGUGUUCUCCGGAGGACUCGGCCCGGACGGAGUGUCGGUGAGGACGGGAGUAACAGGAAGGUCUCCAGGUUCCCGGUCGGGGUCGGGAGGCUCCGGGGAGACUAACAGCAUUUCCGGAGGUGGGCCAACCAUGGUGCAUCGAUUUUAUCCAGACAGGUUUGCCGACCAGACUCCACCAAGUUGGUUUGUCAAGCGUUGUUCUCGCGAGACAGCCGAGAAUGUGCUACGUAACGCCGAUCGCCUUGGUUACGGCAAUACACUGAUGAGGGAGAGCACGUCACACAUAAACAACGGAAGUUACGUCAUAUCCAAACUGAUCAGAGACAAGAGGACUGGUGUUGUAACAUUCGAACAUUACGAAGUCAUCCGCGUUGCUGGCGGAUAUAAAGUGCAUGUUGAAAACGAGCACAAUCCUAUGAUUUGCCUGGAUGAUGUCAUGAAGUACUUUCACCAGACAUGUGGCGGGGGCACCUUGCCCUUAAAGACCAAUGAUUUCCGCUCCUUGCAGUUAGACGCCAGCGAACCAAACUACGCCACGAAAUUUCCAAGACGUCCCCUGUCGAUGGCUACACAAGAAACGGGACUUGCUGAGCCAGAGCCAGAUGCCAUAUACGUGAAUGACCGUCCAUAUAGCCCUGAUUAUGACCGACCAGCAUUCAGGCAACCGGAACAUUUCAAUACGUACAGAGGUCCCCCACGGGACAAUCCAGUUGAUCUGAGAGGAAUAGGCACCAAGUACCCAAGAGGAGUCCGCCAUAGUGUGCCUUCAUUCGAUGAAAUGAGGCUGAGACAUUUGGAGCAAGAGACAGUUCAAGAGCUGGAUAAAGCCAUUGAAGGAGCAUUCCAGAGAGACAUGGACUACGUUAAUGUGCCGACUGAAAAUCUGCCUCCUCCAAAACCGCACAUGCAGAAAUCCUUCUCCACUGGCACAACUGCAAGCUACGUCAACGAAGAUCCCGAAACACUCCAUCUACCCGUAGCGCCGCCCGCUCCCCGCCAUCCUAUAGGUAGUCCUGCAAGCUCGGGAACCAAGCCGUUGCGUUCCUCUCAGUCCUUUAAUACACCGCCCCACUCCUCCACACAGAAAUUCGUCACCACAAACAUGUCAACAUUGCAACAAAACCUAGCUAGCGUAACUUUGAGGAAAACACCAUCAAACCAAUUGCAACAAAAUGAAGAAGCACAGCCUCGAAGCAUUGUAUCAAAGUCGUCGGCAAUAACAUCACCACGCUCUCCAAAUUCUCCGAGCAAUUUUCCGCAGUGGAAUACACAAAAGAAAUCUCCGAUGUCUGAAAAACCAGAUGGAUCAAGCUCUAGUGCAGCUUCGUCAUCAGAGAACGGGUCUGGUAGUGGAACUACAUCAACCGGAAGUCAUUCAACUGCCACUUCCGAUUCGGGGGUGGAUGUUCGGAAGCCCGGAGGAGUUGGAACCCUGCUGAGAAAAUUCGAAGUAAAACCAGAAACAUCUGGGUCACCAACGGUUACAAAGAAAGUACCCCAAAGGAGCAAGCUUGGAGAUGGACUUUGGGCCCCGAUAACGGAGCAAGAAUACGAGCAGCCGGACUCGAACAUAUCGACACACGAUCCUUAUUACUCUAAUAAACUCACUGUCGAUGAGGGUAAUACUAACAGAGCAAUAACAAAGGGGGCAAAGGUUACCUAUAGCAGCCAGAAUAGAGCUUUCUAUGGCAACUCGGUGGAAGAUGUGUAUGAUGACACAGCAAAUCCUGAUCCGUAUAGAUCGGAAAAACGUGUCCAAUUUGAAACAACAAGACACAACUCAGUUGAUGCCAGCGCCUCGGAAGAGAACACUGCAUUUAAUACUGCGCGCAAUCGACGUCAAAGUGAACCAUCUGUAAAUGCGUCCGAUAAGAUACAUAGUAAAUUCGAAGAGUACCCGAAUGUCACGUGUGGACGUUUGAGUGUGGAAUUUAAAAACCAGUUGGAGAAUUUAAUGAAAGGUGCCACAAUGCCCAGCAUGCCCAAACAACGACCUUCUGCGCAGGUUCUGUCGCCCUCUACUCCCCAGACCCCGUCGUCAGGGCAACCCAGGAGCCGGUUUGAUAUGCCUCUUCCGCCAGUGCCCAAGGACUCGAGGGACGAUCACGUGUAUGAACCACUUCCGGAUAUUCCGCCAGACGACGUCACGUAUUACAACGACGUUGGUCGUUGAAAUUUGAGAAAUAUCGUUCGUUUUAUGCCAGUUAAGUGACUUUCUGACUAUAACAGAUGAGUGAGACUUCAUUCAAAGGCGGACACCGUUGAAAUCGGUGCUGCAGUAUGCAUAUUCAGGUACAUGUCGUGUCUCAAUAUAUUGCAAAAGUACUUUGGAAGUACUUUUCAAUUAUAGUCUAUAGAGGUGCAAUCCUUUAGCGGAUAAAUAUAGUAUCUGAAUUAUAAAAAGGAAGCAUAUGGUCACUUUUCAGUGCGUAUACAUGUAUAACAAUGAAACGCGUGUUUUUUUCUUUAAUACUGAAGCAAACUCGCGUAAUUGAUUGUUUGUGCCAUCCUGAAUAAGAGGGUUUACGACAUAAAAGCAAGAUUUUUUAAACCAUAGUUUCCAAUUCACAUGUAGACUACCCAUCAUAUGCUUAUAUUUAUUUGUAAGCCCCCAAAAGAUGAAAGGCAAUAUGAAUUGCGUGUACCAACAUUAUUUUUUACUUGUUAGUCUGAAUCCAGUAAACUGACAAAGCUGAAAAACCUCAAAACGUCAAUAUAUAAGAUAUUAUAAAAGGAAGAAUUUUUGGCUGCAACACUUUUUACCCGGAAUCAGUGCAUCAUGUCAAUAUUCCAAGUAUUAACUUUUCAUAUGAAAAUGUUCUGGUUGAAGCAAGUCCGUUAUAACUGAAAGUGGAUUAUACUAUGUUAAACAUAUGUUGUGUUUGCGUCAGUGUCUUGAAAACCUUUCGCAAAAUGUGUUAUAGUUGUUGCUGAAUGUGUUCUUUUUUGUAACGUUAAUGUAUUUCCGAGUCAUUUAACAUUACUCGUUACAUUCAUUCAAGAGAAAAGUUAUAUUGAAAUCACGUUUACAAAAUAUAUUUCACAUACUACAAUAAGGUUUAUAUGUUCCAUAGAAAAACGUCACAUUACGUUACACCAUUCUUUUGAACAGCAUUGUCAUUUCUUUUUCAACUUAUUGCUUCAGACACCAUUUUAUAUUUACCUAUUGUAGAUAUUUAUGUCAGAAUAUAAUUAACAUACUAUUAGUAUUUGGUUUCGUACUAUGAACCGAUCAAAGAAGCAUCGGAUACAAAUCGUACGUGUUUGAAUACAUAUAUUUUUUACAUUAAAAGCAAAUAGACAGCAAUAAAAAUAAUUGAAAACAAAAGGUUAUUAGCUAUAGAAGCUAAGCAUCGUUUAAUAUCGAGGUAUUCACAAUAGUAAUGCUCACGUGGUAAAAACGUUACAUGCCAGUUGUACAGAACAGAACAUAAAUGGCUUACGACUGAUACAUAGUUCAAAGUCAGUCUUAAGCAUGUAAUAAUAAACAUAUGUGUCGUGUUCUGUGAAAAUUGGGUAAAAUGCAUGUGCGUAAAGUGUCGUCCAAGAAUAGACUGUGCAGUCCACACAGGCUAAUCAGGGACGACACUUUCCGCUUUUAUGGUAUUUUUCGUUUAAAGGAAAUCCCUUUUACCGAAUAUCUACUUUAAGCGGAAAGUGUCGUCCCUGAUUAGCCUGAGCGGAUUGCACAGGGUAAUCUGGGACGACACUUUACGCGCAUGCAUAAUGCCAAGUUUUCACAGAACACGACACAUAUCAGUGAUACUAUAGUAAUAUGAAGUAUAAUACUUUCUAACAUAAUAUAUGGCAGUGGUGGGUAAACAAAUAUAAUCGCAUUUUUACAAAAGAUUUAUGUGACAGAGUCGGUAUCAGCUAUUAUGCUAUUAAUAUUUAUGGAAAAUAAACUAAACAAUUGUUUAACUUACGUAUGGCAUGUAGUAAGUAUGACUGUUGCAUAUAUAUACAUAUCUACAUACUUUUAAUUUAAAUGACUUGAAAAAAGAUAAUAACAGUUCCGUUUUGGACAUUUGUUAAGUGUCAAAUGUGUCGUACAAUGUUUUCAUGUUUUUCAAAUAUUGUAUAUAUGCACUUAAGUUUAUUUAAACUUUAUUGUAGUUUUUAUUAUUUUCAAAUUGUAUUUCAUUUGGAAGUAUAUCAUUAUUUAGAAAAUAUCUCGCGCAUGCGAAAUGUAUUGUUCAUUUCACUUUUACCAGUAUGUAAAGUUUAUCUGAUGAAAUAAAAUGCAUUAAAUUGA